AUGUUGACUGCACAGUCAUGCUUCAGAAAUCGGAGGCCAGGGAAACUGUUACCCUGCGAUCAGGCAGCACGUUCCUCGGCCAUUCUGGCCUCAAGCCUCAAAUCGAAGAGGCGCUUUAGGCUUACUCUCUUUAAUGCCUCCCUGCCAUGGGUGGGAUCUUUCAUGAAAUGUGGAGGUAUGCGACGGUACCGAUCAGCUGCUAGCAGAAAGCUUUCGCAUCAACGGCGCGCUAGUUGGUUGUCAUGGCGAGCACAACAACACAUGUCACUUCCUGUUGACAGAAUCUGGCUGUUAUAUCAGCUGGCGCAGGCUACACUGCUGAACACAGGCAAGUUUGGCACUUUUCUUGCAACAACAGGGUUUGAGAGGCUCCGUGGACAGUCUCGCCAGCGUGACAUUUUCCCACUGUCACAGCUCUGUGGUCUUGAAUGUAAGCCGCAAACCCUCAAGACUCAAUGUUGGUGCAUCCUGCGUAAGUUUGUCAAUGUGGUCAUUGGUGCUUUGAACUGGUGUGCCGGUGUUAAGGCUGGCACUCCUGGGCCUUUAAAACGAACUGCUGCGCAGAAUGAUGUCGUUCUCCGAAUCAUCGAACGCAGUUUGGACAUGUUGCAGCGGUUGCAAACCCCUCAGUCGGGAUGUUGGGAGUCACUCGUGCCAGACUGGGUGCCGCUUCUCGAGCGUCCGAACGGGCCCCGGAUCGGAGACCUUUGUGCUGACAAAGUGGACGUGCUUCCUUUGGCAGGGCAAUGUGAUCCGGUGUCUUGUCUGCCCAUGGAUGUGCAGGAGAUUGUGUGCAGCGAUGACAAGCUGUUCCUGGGCUCUUCGCACAAUCUUGACAACCUGGCCGUGUACGACAAUGUGCUUCAAAAUGAUCGUGCUGAGUACGUAAAAUUGGUCGUGCGGCAGCUGCGAUCCCAACAGCUUGGCUUGGUGGCAACGGCGAAAGGCGGUGGAACAGUCUUUGCAGUGGGCAAGCCUGGUGGGAAGCGCCAACGUGCAGUUUGGCACGGUCGGCGUGUCUCAGCUGCGGCACAGGCUCCGCCAAAGCCUCGCCAUUUGGCCUCCCCCUCGGCAUUGGCUUUUCUGGAGUGCCGACCUCAACACAGAGUCAGGUGCAGCAAACGCGAUGCCAGUUGCUGGUUCGACCAACUGCGGCUGCCGUGUAAGCUGCAGCGCUGGAUGGGGCGCCCGCCGGUGACACUGGACGAGCUUAGGGAUGUUGGUGGUAUGAACUUUGAAGAAGUCAGUGGUCACUUGCUCCCGGGCGAACAGUGCAACCAGUUUCUUGUGCCUGUCAGUCUGACGUGGCCAAUGGGCUUUGCGUGGAGCUCCUACGUUGCGCAAGAGUUUCUGCUUGACAUCUGCCGGGCCUCGGACCUUGAUGAGUGCAAGGUACUUUCUUGCGAGAGCUCGACGCCUGCCACCUUUGACCUGGUUUUUGCUGCGGCUACUGAUGACCUCAUGCUGUUCAGCGACGCGGGCCCAGGCGGCACGGCGGCCGCUGCACUGAAGGUGGACCAAGAGUUCACACGCCGAGGAGCCGUUCGCAACUCAGCCAAGGACGUGAAUGACGAGUUGAAUGCUACAUGUGUCGGGAUCCAGUUGGAGGAAGGUACACACCUCGGAGUUCCUCCGCCAAGGGUUCUGGCCAUGGUACUUACCGCUCUUCACUUGCAUCGGUGCCAGGUGGCUUCUCCAAAGGAGCUGCAUCAGGCGCUGGGCGUGCAGCAAUGGUUUGACUUGCUUUGUCGAUGCAAGUUAUCCGUGUAUGACCGGGUCUACAGUUUUGUCCGGGACCCACUUGACACUGUCAGAAGGAAAGUGCCGGGCCAGGUCCUUUUUGAACUGAGCGUCGGCUUGGUGCUGGGUGUUUUCUGGCGACUGGACCUUCGAAGGGAGUUUUACCCCCUCGUCUCUGCUACUGAUGCCAGUACUGAGUUUGGAUUUGCUUGCCUCCAGUACUCCAGACCUCGAUGA